AUGCCGAUUACCGAGGCUCCGUGCAUGGAGCUGGGCAGCGCUCCGCAGACGCCCAGCGCUGUCCCCUCACCGUCCCCGUCAGAGAUAUCCAGCGCCAGCUCGCCUGAACCCCAGAACAUCAGAGCUCCGCCUUUAUUUAGGGUCCUAGCUAUGCCUCCGCCGGACCCUGAGCAACCGCCGGGGCAAGAGGAGUUGGAGCGACGUCUACCUGGAUACAGACGUAUCGUCAUUCCCCGAGAGUUGACACUUAUUGAAUUGCUGAAACAGUCAAGCGGUGCCACAACAGACGAGGAGGUGCUUCGUAUUCGCGAGGCGAAGCUUCGUGUGGUCGCCGAGCGCGUUGGUCUGCGAAGACUUCAUGUCCUCGCCCCUCGUAUACGCUCUCUGACUUUAGAUGGCAGCGCACUUUCUUCGCUACGGGAUCUCGGAACCGAAUUGGUCCAUUUAAAGAUCCUGAGUGUAAAUCGCUGCGGUCUGACGAGUCUGGACGGUAUAUGGGGUCUAAGUGCUUUACGGGAACUCCACGCGGCCGGCAAUCGCUUACAAGAUCUUCAACCUUUGGCCGCUCUGCAGAAGUUGCACACCCUCAAUUUAGCAGAUAAUCCAAUAGCAGAUACAAGUCGUUUGUGGAUGUUGGGUGUUUGUGGAGCCCUGCGGCGGUUGACUUUGAAAGGGACCCAGGCAGCGGAUGACCCAGACUAUCGUCAGAACGUCGCGUCAGCUCUAUCAAUGUUAACAUACCUAGAUGACCGUUCUUUGCAGGACGAUAGCGAAGACGAAAUUGUAGAGCAAGACGCUCAGUCAUCAAGCUCAGAUUCGGAAGCCGAUGAUGACCCUUCCAUAUUGCUGGGUGAAAGGCCUUCAGCGAAUCCUGAACCAGCGCCUUCGACUUCAUGCGAGGCAUUUCUGCAAGAACAAGAGGAACCAGACGAUUAUUACGAAAAGCUGAAAGCUUUAGAAGCCAUGGAGGAGUCAGUUAACAAGUUGCCCAAGCUACACAGACGUAGACGACCAGCCACCACAGAAGGAGCUGGUGUUAGGCCACCCCGAGUAGAGCUGCCUAGAAGACCCAAGACUGCACAGGAACGGCCUAAUAUCGACGCUCCGACAAGACUUCAGAUAUUGAAUACUUUGAUGGACGAAGAAUGGCGAUGCAGUGGCAGCAAGUUGACGUCACACGGCGCCGUCUGCGGUAACCUCGCACAAGCACUUCGAAGACCUACGCCUACGUACAGAUGCUCUCGAGAUAAACAAGCCCACAAGGAGAUGAUCGAGACAGGAGUGGAGAUUGUGACACGGGCUUUGGCCGAAGAGAUUCCUCGGGCACCGCACCUCGAUGACUGGAAUCGGUUCAAAAAGUUGACUGGAAUCGACAUUGACAUAGACUUCACCCAACGGCCGAAAGCUGGCGAUCCGGUGUCAGCCAUAGAACGUUUGGAACGCAUCGAGAAGGAAACCAAGGAACGGCUGAGCAACCCCGACCAAUUUGUCGACGAUAUCGACCCAGAAGACUGCACCCGAUUCAGGCGAGCGAUGACCGUCGUAGGAGACUACGAACUGUGGAAAAUGGAAAAUAUCGAUAACAUUCAAGACACGAGGAAUGACGUCAAUUCCUUCUUCGCCGAUCUCAACAUAUUUCCCACCGCCGAAGAUUCGCUCACAGAUUAG